AUGGGAUCAGGUCUAUCCCUUAUAGCUUCUGUUGCAAUUCUACGUAGCUCGAUCAAUGACUUCGUUCCGCAAGAAAUACGUAGUUGUUUGCUGGAAUUAGUUAGUCGUUUUUCCUCAGAACUCACAAUGGUUAUUUAUGACUCGCAUGAAGGAUCAAAUAACCAUCUCUUUAAUGCCCUGAUGAUAUAUCUUGGCAGCAAUGCUUUCUCUACCGCAUCUCUGCCGAAAAGAGUCACGGUGGGCAAGAACGAGAACAUCAAGGCACUCACGUUUAGUCUUGACAGGAACUGCAAGAUUGUUGACACUUUCAAUGGUGUGGACAUGAAGUGGGCUUAUUGCAGUGAAUUCAAUGCAGCACUCCAGUAUGAGUUGAAAUGGUAUGAGCUUCGCUUUCAUAAGCGACAUGCCAAUAUGGUCAGGAACAAGUAUCUGCCUUACAUUCUUGAAACGGCUAAGAAAAUUAAGAAUCAAAACAGGGUAGUUAAGUUUUACACUACUCGCGGGGGACGCGAUGGAUGGAGCUGUAAGGGGAUAAACUUGGAUCACCCUAUGACUUUUGAUACGCUAGCAAUGGAUGGAAACCUCAAGCAAAAAGUUAUAGAGGAUCUCGAUAGAUUCAUCAAGGGAAAGAAGUAUUACAAGAAGAUUGGUAAAGCAUGGAAACGGGGCUAUUUAUUGUAUGGCCCUCCAGGAACUGGGAAAUCAAGCUUGAUAGCAGCCAUGGCCAAUCAUCUUAAUUUUGAUAUCUACAGCUUGAACUUGUCUGCUGUCAGCUCUGAUUCUUCCCUGGACUUUUUGUUGCUUCAUAUGUCCAAUCGUUCAAUUCUUGUGGUUGAAGAUAUCGACUGUUCGAUUGAGCUACAGAAUCGUGAAGCAGGGGAUCAUCCAUCGGAUCUUGAUCCAACUCCGAGGAGGCCUCAGGUUGGUGUAACGCUCUCUGGACUUCUCAAUGCCAUUGAUGGCCUAUUGUCCUGCUGUGGAGAUGAAAGGAUUAUAGUUUUCACUACUAACUACAAAGAUCGAAUCGAUCCUGCCUUGCUAAGAGCAGGCCGGAUGGACAUGCACAUUAAUCUUUCAUACUGCACAUUCUCCACCUUCAAGCAGCUUGCAGCCAAUUACUUGGACAUUUGGAACCACGAUCUCUUUCCUCGUAUUGAAAAGCUUAUCUCAGAAGUUCAAGUCAGCCCAGCUGAAGUUGCUGGUGAAUUAAUGAAGAUUAGAGAUCCUAAAACCAGUCUCGAGAGCCUCAGCAGGCUUUUGGAAAGCAAAAGAGAAGCAGCAAAAUUCUCAGCUCCUCCUCCAUCAGUACCUGAAGGUCUUGAGGAUGCGCCAGGUGGCAGCAGUGAGAUCCCUUACCAGAGGAAGGAGCAUCAGGUUCAGUCUUCCUGCAAGACCAAUGAUUUAGCUGACGCUAUCUUCUCCAAACAAACCAAAAUUCCAUCUUCUGCAACUCCGAUUGGUCCAGCAAGCAACGGGAGUAAAAAAUGUAAGAGCAACGGGAGAUUUGCAUUCGACCUUGAGCCCGAAAUGUUGCUUGAGCAAUUUUCACAAGGUGAGAAGGCAUAUUAUCCGGUGGCAAUUGGUUUUGUGAAUAUGAUGUAUAAUUCAUCAUAUAUCGGACAACCCCAUUUCCUAUACGGCUUAAUCGCAGGAUACGCCCGCAAAUACACUUCACAACAACAUGUUUCUUCAGUUCCAGCUUGUCACAAUUCAGACCUGUCUCCUGAUGAACUCUUUGCACACAUGAUCCCAUAUGAGCCCGGUCGAGUAUCCGAAGGCACUCAUCGGUACCCACUCGACCACUACUUGAGCAUCCGAAGCCCAGCUGAAGUUGCUGGUGAACUAAUGAAGAUUAGAGAUCCUAAAACCAGUCUCGAGAGCCUCAGCAGGUUUUUGGAAAGCAAAAGAGAAGCAGCAAAAUUCUCAGCUCCUCCUUCAUCAGCCACUGAAGGUCUUGAGGAUGUGCCAGGUGGCAGCAGCGAGAGCCCUUACCAGACGAAUGAGCAUCAGGUUCAGUCUUCCUGCAAGACCAAUGACUUAGCUGACGGUAUCUUCUCCAAACAAACCAAAAUUCCUUCUUCUGCAACUGCAAUUGGUCCAGCAAGCAACGGGAUUAAAAAAUCUAGGAGCAACGGGCUUAAAAAAUCCAAGAGCAACCUGAGCACAAGAACAUUCUGCUGUGGACAUCCCAAAGCUAAAAUUAGAGGGCCCAAUUACAAAUGUUAUAUCAAUUUUCUCUCAGAUUGA